AUGGUACACGUACUGAUCUCUGCGGCGACAUUUGCACUCGCUUACGCUGUGGGCGCUGAAAUGCAGCUCAUGCAGAUGUCAUUGCAUGGGCUGGAUGGUUUAGAGGCGGCAACGCUACGGACUGAUUUCGCGGCGGAUGACGUGCUUAUUCCUCAACCUGGAUGCGCAGGUCCUGGCAGGGAGAGUGGGUGGCUUACCGUCGGCAAGCCGUACACUCCUGCACCGUGCGCGAUUGGGUGCGCGACGGACAACUACUUCACCAUUGCAUGGAAAGACGCCAACUGCAAGUGCUCGGACCAGUGUACAAAUGAAAACGGUGGGCACACAUCCUAUGCCUUUGUUCAGAGCGCGUCUGCAGUGAUCUCCAUGGUGCUCCACGUGAACACCAGCCAGCAGAAAGGACGACGACUAGUCGAGGCGGCUGACCACAUGGUGAAGGGGGCCUCUUGGAGCAAGUUGGUGCAGGACAUCGAUUGCGAAGCCGGAGACGAUUACAGUGGCGCGUCGGUGUCGCUGAGCAGCGACGGCAGCCGCGUGGCCCCUGUAGCAUACGGCAACGACGGUGCUGGGUCAAUGUCUGGUCACGUUCGCGUCUUCGGGCUCUCGGGCAUCACGUGGAGCCAGGUGGGGCAGGACAUCGAUGGCGAAGCCGGAAACGAUUUAAGUGGCUGGCCAUCGGUGUCGCUGAGCAGCGACGGCAGCCGCGUGGCCAUUGGAGCAUACGGCAACGACGGUGCUGGGUCAACUUCUGGUCACGUUCGCGUCUUCGGGCUCUCGGGCAACACUUGGAGCCAGUUGGGGCAGGACAUCGACGGCGAAGCCUCAGGCGAUUACAGUGGCUGGCCAUCGGUGUCGCUGAGCAGCGACGGCAGCCGCGUGGCCAUUGGAGCAUACGGCAACGACGGUGCUGGGUCAAGUUCUGGUCACGUUCGCAUCUUCGGGCUCUCGGGCAACACGUGGAGCCAGGUGGGGCAGGACAUCGAUGGCGAAGCCGGAGACGAUUUAAUUUGCUAUUCGGUGUCGCUGAGCAGCGACGGCAGCCGCGUGGCCAUUGGAGCAUACGGCAACGACGGUGCUGGGUCAAUGUCUGGUCACGUUCGCGUCUUCGGGCUCUCGGGCAACACUUGGGGCCAGGUGGGGCAGGACAUCGACGGCGAAGCCUGA